AUUUUCUAAUGGUAUGUUCCAAUCACACGUGCAGCUGAUCGUGUCUGGAACUGUUUUGGUUGUGUUUUCUCCGACUUCCAAGGAUCACCGUACAUUCUUCUCGACAAGAUCGGUCACCAUGAGCGAAAGAAACAGGAAUCAGCUUCCCAACAACCUUCCCCAACUACAGAACCUCAUCAAAAGGGACGCAGAAUCCUACAGAGAGGAGUUCUUACAGCAGUACCGACAUUACCAGUCCAAUGUGGAGAUCUUCCGCCUGAAGCCUCAGCAGUUUUCCAAGAGUCUGGACGAUCUGGUCAUGUUUCUGGCACAGGUUGCCCAUGCUUACCCUGAAGAUCUGGCUGAUUUUCCCCAAGAGUUGAAAGAUCUCCUGAAACAGCACAGCACAGUAUUAGACCCCUCCUUACGAAUGACGUUUUGCCGUGCCCUUAUCUUGCUGCGCAACAAGAGCCUGAUCUCACCAACAAGCCUUCUUGAGUUGUUCUUCGAGUUGUUCCGCUGUCAAGACAAGCUCCUUCGGAAGACCCUGUUCACGCACAUAGUGACGGAUAUCAAGAACAUCAAUGCAAAGCACAAGGAUAACAAACUCAAUACGACAUUACAGAACUUUAUGUACACAAUGUUGAGAGAUAGCAAUGCUGUUGCUGCCAAACAGUCCUUGGGUGUGAUGGUGGAGCUGUAUCACCGGAAUGUAUGGAAUGACGCCAAGACAGUUAAUGUCAUCGCUACAGCUUGUUUCUCCAAAGUUACUAAGAUUAUGGUUGCUGCACUGAAAUUCUUCCUUGGAAAAGAUGAAGAAGAGGAGAAUGGCAGUGACUCAGAGUCUGAGGAGGAGGGACCAAAGGUGAAGGACUUGAUGCUGAGACACACAGUCACACACAAGACCAGGAAGAGACAGAAGAAACUAGACAAGGCUUUGAAAGCCUUGAAGAAACACAAGAAGAAGAAGAAAGCCGAACCUUUCAACUUCUCUGCACUUCAUCUUCUUCACGAUCCACAAGACUUUGCAGAGAAGCUCUUCAAGCAGCUGGAAUCAUCAACAGAGAGGUUUGAAGUCCGACUGAUGACCAUGGACCUCAUCUCUCGUCUGAUUGGACUACACCAGCUUAUCCUCUUCAACUUCUACCCUUUCCUGCAACGGUUUAUGCAGCCCCAUCAGAGAGAGGUGACCAGGAUUCUACUCUGUGCUGCCCAAGCCUCUCAUACCCAGAUACCGCCUGAUAUCCUACAGCAGAUGUUGAUGACGGUAGCCAACAAUUUCAUCACGGAGAGAAACUCCAAUGAAGUCAUGACAGUAGGAUUGAAUGCAGUACGAGAGAUCUGCGCACGAGCUCCGCUGGGCAUGAGUGAGGAUCUACUCCGAGAUCUGGCUCAGUACAAAAACUACAGAAACAAAAAUGUGUUGAUGGCUGCUCGCUCCCUGAUUCAGCUUUACCGACAAGUCAACCCUGCGCUGCUGCACAAGAAGGAUAGGGGCAAGCCCACCGAGGCCAGUGCUGAGGCAAAAGCUCUCCAGUAUGGAGAAGUGGAUGCGAAAGACUAUGUACCCGGGGCAGAAGUGCUUCCAGAAGAGCAGCCAGAACCAGAGGGUGAAGAUGAUGGUUGGGAGGAGGCCAGCUGCAGUGAUGAAGAUGAUGAUGACAGCGAGGGAUGGGUGGAUGUGCAGCAUUCCUCAGAUGAAGAACAGGGAGAAGACACUACAGCAGAGGGUGAGAAGUUAACACCAGAGAUGGCCAAGAGAAAGGCAGCUGCCAUCAGCCAGAGUAGGAUCCUGACACAGGAAGAUCUAAAACUCAUCAGAGCAAAACAGAUCUCCAAAGAGAUGGAGAAAGCUGCACCCAAGGGAAAGGGGAAAAAGAGAAAACUUAUUCAGAUUGAAGACAGAGACACAGGUGCGGAGUUGCCAUCUCUGUCAGACAUUGAGAGAAUCCACAAGAAGCCCAAAUCAGACAAGGAUACACGACUGGCCACUGUCCAGGCUGGUCGGGAAGGAAGGGAAAAGUUUAGUAGCAAAAAGCACAAGAAGAACCAGCGGUCCAGCACAACAAACAAGGAAAAGAAGAAGAACAAGGCUUUCAUGAUGAUGAAACAGAAGAAGCAGGUCAGGGGGAAAGGGAAGAGAUCCUUCAGAGACAAACAGAUUGCACUAAGAGAUUCACUUCUCAAGAGGAAGAAGCAAGCGUAGUCCAGGAACAUUGAAAGCUAGAUUUGUCUUGUAUGGGAAGAACACAAUGUCAUAUUACUAUGUUACAAUGAAAAUCAGACUACCUUGUAUCAUAUUCCAUACUGUAUCAUGCAGCACUGAAAUGGAAUUGAAUUAUGCAAAUUAGAACAAUUUACUUGAUGUUGCCUCCUUGUUUGUUAUUCAUACAACAUUUUGGUUUUCCCAAUCCAAAAACAAAGAAUGAUGCUCUUGUCCCAUCCCUUAUAACAUUCUAUGUCUGCAUUUCGACAAUUUAACUAAGUCGGUCUCUGCUCUAUUAUUAUAAAUGCUGUAUGUAUCUACUAUUCCACUCAAUAGCAAUUGUCACAAAUGUGCACAACUAAGUAGAUGUAGUUGAUGAUAAUGUUACAGUCACUGUUAAUCAGUUUACCUGAUGUUGAUCUCAGGAUUAUCUACAAACCACGAUACCCACUGUGUGGAUUGCAUUGAAUUCCAUGAAGCUAUUUCAGUGUGAUUUUCUUUUACCAAACAUGCAAUGCAAGGAAGCUGGUCAAUUAUGAUUCAUCAAUCAAAGUACGAUGUGGAAUAAAUCAACUCCUAAAAAGUUA